AUGGCAACCAGGCGAAGAAUUGGUGUUGGCGCAGUUCAAAAUCGUCAACAAACCGCAAACAAAUUUGCAGCAAAAGGUGAACAAUUGGCUGGUGAACAACUACAACAAUUCUCGCAACAAUUGGAUCAAUUAUCAGCUGGACUUGAGAUGUUUGCGCAAAAACAUCGAGAUGAGAUCAAGAAAAAUUCGCAGUUCAGAAGACAUUUUCAGGAAAUGUGUGCUAGUGUUGGAGUUGAUCCAUUGGCUUGUGAGUUAUUUUACUUUACAAAAAAUAUUGACAUAUUUUAAUUUUUUAGCUAGCAAAGGUUUCUGGGCAAAAGCUCUAGGAUUUGGUGAUUUUUAUUAUGAAUUGGGUAUUCAAAUUGUCGAAAUUUGUUUAUCAACAACACAUAUUAAUGGUGGAAUUAUGACUGUUGAAGAAAUACGAAAUCGAUUGAUGAGAACAAGAUCGAGAACUCGAAAAGAUGUCAUUUCAACGUAAGCUUUUUCUUGUGAAUUUCAUAAAAAUCUAAUUCCAAUUUUAUUUAGUGAUGACAUUCUGCGCGCUGUCGAAAAAUUGAAAGUAUUGGGAAAUGGUUUUGAAUUGGUGCCCCUUGGCGGCGGACGAUUUUUGGUGCAAUCUGUACCGGGAGAAUUGAGUAUGGAUCAUUCGAGAGUUUUACAAUUGGCUGAAGAUGCCGCAUAUGUGACAAAGGAAUUGAUUAUGGAUAAAUUGAGGUAGAUUUUUUUUUGAAUUUUAUCUGGAAACCUUGAAUUUUCAGUUGAGUUUUGAGAUUGAAAUUUGCAAGAAACCCUUUCCACAUAAAAGUUUUAUAAGAAACCCUUUCACAAUUCUACCCAAUAUUAAAAAAAUCGAUAUUCCAGAUGGGAUGAAGCUCGAACUCAAUCAGUUUUGGAUUAUCUCGUCAAAGAAGGUCUCGCUUGGAUCGAUGAACAGGUAUACCUUUUUUCUAAAUUUUUUAAAUGUAGAAAAAAGCGUAAUUUUCAGGCUUCUGAUACAACCCAAUAUUGGAUUCCUUCACUUUUCCUCCAACAAUAUUGUCAUUCAUCAAGCAGUACUUCAGUUUCAGAUUCUCUUCACAGUAUGAGCAUGAAUAAUUAUUGA